AUAGUAUAGUACGGUACGUGUAGCUAAUGUAUUGAUGCUGCGCUGCGCUGUAUGCUAGCUAAUUGUGCAUCUUGAUCUUGUUUCUUGUGAUGUCGCAGAUGAAGGGUGCGGUUUGGGAAAUUAAAUGAUAUGCCCGAAGUAAAAGAAUCACCUAGAGGUGGUGCCAGAGGAGGGAUGAGUGGCUCAAUAGAUGAAAGUCUUGAUGAUGGUUUAUCACAGAAGAGUGGAGGGGAAAGAAGGCAACUCAUUGCAGAAAUGAGGAGUCAGAACUUUGAUGUUAUUCGUUUUGCCACCUAUCGAUGCAGCUGUAAGCUGCGUUUUGUUCAGAAGAGAUGCAGCCUGCACUUGGUUGACAUCUGGAACAUGAUAGAAGCCUUCCGAGAGAAUGGGCUCAAUACAAUGAGUUUGUCGGAUGAACUAUCAAUGAGUCGAGUUGAAACCAUUUUAUCAAGUAUUUAUUAUCAACUCAACAAGAGAUUGCCUGCUGUACAUCAGAUUAAUGUGGAUCAAUUCCUUAGUUUGCUCUGUAACUUCCUUCAGACAGCAUAUGAUGAUGGAGCUACUGGCAAGAUGACAGUCUUCGCCCUCAAAGUAGCACUUUCUACAUUGUGUGCUGGCAAGCUCUCAGAUAAACUCAGAUACAUAUUUUCUCAGAUAUCAGAUGGUAAUGGAAUCUUGAUACAUUCAAAGUUUGAUGAGUAUCUUAAGCUAGUACUUCAGCUUCCUACAUCAGUAUUUGAAGGUCCUUCAUUUGGUUAUGAUGAGAACACUGCUAAAGCAUGCUUUGGCCAAGGUCCGAGUGCAAAUCGGCGAGUGAGUCUGAAUGAGUUCUUAGAUACAGUACUAGCUGAACCAGGACCGCAGUGUUUGAUGUGGCUUCCUCUCAUGCAUAGGAUGGCUAAUGUUGAGAAUGUAUUUCAUCCUGUUGAAUGCAGUCAUUGUCACGGUGAUAGUAUGAUGGGCUUCAGAUAUAAAUGUCAGCGUUGUUCAAAUUAUCAGUUGUGUCAAAACUGCUUCUGGAGAGGUUAUACGUCAGGAAAUCACUCAACGGAACAUGAAAUGAAAGAAUAUUCUUCAUAUGUACAGAAAUCUCCAGCGAAGAAGAUGGGUAAAGCACUGAAGAAACCUUUUAAAUCACCGUUAAAACAACCACGAGUUCCACACUAUCCUGAGGAACCUGAAAGACCUCUUGAUCUUUCUCAUAUUGUGCCACCUUCCCCCAUCACAAUUCUGACAUACGACAGUCCAGACAGUACAAAGAUACUACGAACAGAGGAAGACUUCAAGAAGAUGAACAACAGUCUUGAUAGUGCAAGGUUAGAUGAUGAGCAUAGACUGAUAGCUAGAUAUGCUGCACGCCUCGCCAAUGCAACUGCAAACCCGAACUCUGGCCCUGAAUUGCCUCCUGGUCUGGAUGCUAAUAGAGAACAGAGAGAGCUCAUUAUGCAGCUAGAAUCUAAGAACAGAGAGAUCAUGCGAGAAAUCCAACGAUUACGACAGGAACAUGAUGAAGCUGUGCGGUCAUCUCACUCUCAGCGUAAUCCAACUCUUCUUGCUGAGCUACGACUCCUGAGACAACGCAAAGAUGAGCUAGAACUCAGAAUGGCAGCUCUUCAAGAGAGUAGGAGAGAGCUUAUGGUACAACUAGAAGGACUAAUGAAAUUACUGAAGAACCAUGGUUCACCAAGGAACAGUCCCAAUCACAGCCCAAGACCUAAUCAGCCUCUCACCCUAGGCUCUUCCACACAACCUUCCAGGGCAGCUAUCACUUCAGACUCUGUAAGAAAUGGAGAGCAAACUGGAGGAACAGCUGGAUCUAGGAGUUUACGCAAUGAUUUACUUGUAGCAGCAGACUCAGUGACUAAUGCUAUGUCUUCAUUAGUGCGAGAACUCAAUUCAGAGGAUGAUCAGAAUGACGAUGACGAUGAAGAUGAUGGAAACCCAUUGAAUACAAGCAAUGAUGGUGCAAUCCUUGUUGUAGAAGGGAAGAAUGCCUCGGGUGAGCCUAUUCUAAUCCGAGGUAGAAAAGCAGGUUGGAGGACUAGAGGGAUGUCUGAUGAAGAUUUUAUUGCUGAGUUGACUGCUAGGAAAGAAGCGAGGAAACAUACUGAUGGAUAUGGUCAUACUGACGAGGGUGAAUCAUAUGGAAGAACAGAUGAUGAGAGCUACAUUGCAACUACCGAUGAUGCUGAUUCAUAUGUGAGGACAGAUGAAGAAAUUAAUAUGAGAACAGAUGACGAGUUCCAACGAUCAGUUACAGAUGACGAUCAUCGCGACCCAGCAAGGAUGUAAGCAGAGGGCCCUUUGAGCGUGAUAGUUUUACAAGAACCACAACUGAUGAGGAAGGUAAGAGAGGAUCUGAUGAUGAAACCAGACACAAGGAGAACGUACGCCAGUGGAUCAAUCGCUAAAGGGCCGUAUUACCUUAAGCACCGACCCCUCAUCCUCUCAAUACUGUUUUGAAUAUUGUUUCGACAUGACAAACAUUACAUUAGAGCUAAAAUCCAGAGCAUCUUUUAAUACCAGCUUUAUGAGUAUUUGAAUUUGAAUCUUGUGGUUGUGAUAUAUGUAUUUUUUUUCAGGAAUUAAUGUACAAAUAGACAGAAAAAACACAUUUUCACCAAAUGUGUUUGCACAAUUCAGUACAAUGAUCAAACAAUGCUGUUGGAAAAAUUAUUCCUAUAAUCUUAUUUCCUCUCUUAAUGUCCUUACAAAUUUCUGUGGAUCUUAGAUAGACCUUUUGUGGUUGAAACAAGUGGAAUCAAGUCAGACCCAAUCCCUAUUACGAUUUCUUCUGAAUCUCAGUUUAAAUUGGAUUUAUCCUAGACAAUGUACAAAAAACAAAUAGCAAGUCCCAAAUGAGUCUUGGGAGUUUAUACCAAGUAUUUGGGACUAAAGAUCUCCAAACCCAACUAUGCCAAGUGAGUAAAAAAAUACUUGGCACCUUACAAAUCCCCAAUUUAAGGAAAACAAUCUUUCUCCCAAAUAAUUUGAUACCAUAUAUCUGUGGUAUCUCUUCAUGCUUGGAUAAUCAGGAGGUAUUCUUUGCAGUGAUGUAAUUUUUUAUUUGCCAAAAUAAGGCAUGACUGCAAUGAAUCCAGAUGCCAAUGAAAUUAACUUCAGGGACCCGUCUUACAAAGAGUUACGAGUGAUCCAAUCAAUCGUAACUAUGGAAAUCCAUCAGUGUCAUAAUUUUUUCUACAGGAAAUUUGCACAUUGUCCUUGGUAAACAUAGAGAAGCACAGUGAAUUUUCAAGAAAACAGUUAAUGCAUGAAUAUACAUCAAAGUUGGAAAAUAUUUUGAACAAACAUGCAUAAUAGAUGUUGACAUUGCUGGCUGUCCAUAGUUGCGAUUGAUCAGAUCAAUCACAACUCCUCGUAAGAUGGGCCCCAGAGAUGAUACUAAAAAGUAUAAAUUAUUG